AUGGCGCCUAAGUGGCCACAGGUAAACAAUGGCCCUGAACACAUCAACGAGCAUGCCACGUACCUCAGAGAAGCAUGUAACCAAUUGCAGGCGGUAGACAGGGGUCGUCAUAACCAAGUGCCAUGGAACAUAGUACAGCCAUACCUAGACUCAACCAUUUUGCUCAUCGGAAAGGUCCUGAGACAGCCUGCUCUGCGCGAGAUCCUCCAGCAGGUCGAAGACGCGGCCAAAUGCACACAGAACAUCCAAAACGACGUCACCAUCAUCAAGAACUCUGUCGGACUAAGCACUACUCCACUAAAUGCAUCCAACUUUAGCGGAACGCGGACACGAGGUGCCCCGAUGUCUUGGGCACAGGUUGCCGCCCAAGGCAAAGGCUCCCCGCCGCUCCCUCCACCAGUGUCUCACGACACAACCGCGAACAAGAAUCAAACUACCGUCACGGCAUACAAGGAUCGCACAGUCACCGUCAAACUAAAGGACAAUGGAAUUAUUCAGCGACACCGGACGCGCCCAGCGUCGUGGACCAAACAACAGGUCGAAACCGCAGUACGCACCAGCUCGGCCACUACAUCGAUCAAGAUCGUCGCCGCACACCAACUCAAAAGCGGCGACAUUCAGAUUAUCGCCAACACGACAGCGGAGGCCAAGCGACUCAAGCAAAACCAAGAGUGGAUUAGAAGCUUGGGGGAAAAUGCAGAACUCAUCGUGCCAACCUACGGAGUAAUAGUCCACGGCAUCCCAACCAACUCUCUCAACAUAAAGGACCAAGGAACCACUAUCCAGCAGAUGCUAGCCGACAACCACACAGUCAUUCCCAGUGCCAGAAUCUCCUACAUCGGAUGGCUCACGAAGGAGGCCCAUCUAAAGCGCGCAUCGUCGAUUGUGGUUGAAUUUAUAGAACCCGAGAUGGCGAAUGCCAUCAUCUACGCCGGAAUGGUAUGGGAUGGCCAAAUUCACCAAUGCCAACUCUAUGACCGCGCCUGCCGAGUGAAGCAAUGCUUUCGCUGCUAUAACUACGGUCACAUCGGCACUCAAUGCAACGCAUCCCAAACUUGUGGCUAUUGUGCCGAGCAACAUGAGUCAAAACACUGCUCACGGAAGGGUGUGGAGGGAUUCGCACCACGAUGCGCAGUUUGCAAAGACGCUCACACUGCAUGGAGCAAUGCCUGCUCAGCAAGAAAGAAAGAACUACAGAGAGUGGAACAAGCCAAGGAUUCCCGCGACAUCUACUGGCACGUGCCACGGAAGGAGAUAUCGGCGCGAUCCGGAAUCACGAACACAAACGAAACUGAAAACACCAGAGAUACCGGCAGCAACGACAGCAGGAGCAACAGGCGCCGUGUCCUAGCUCCGGUACCCGCCCCGGCCUCAAGCCCGGCUCCUCCCUGUCUAAUCACCCGGUGCUCGGCAAACGCCCCAUUGCCGGUAGUGGUGGAAGUGGAUUCACCACCGGCAGUGCAGGCCCAACAAACACAGCAGGCCACGGAAACCGGGACCGCAUCAGAACAAAUGACGGUACCAACAGCAUCAAGCCCCUCAGUGGAAGAUAUGUGGAUGAAUCCAGAUCUCACGGCCGAAACAGCCACACCUACGGACCAAUAUUCGGCAAGUGAUGAAAACGGAAUGGGCCCAAGCCUGGGCAAACGACAAACACGGACGCGAUCUGCAUUUACCCCCUUUAACGCGUUAAGUCGCGUUAAUUCGGUCGUUAUGGCGCCUAAGUGGCCACAGGUAAACAAUGGCCCUGAACACAUCAACGAGCACGCCACGUACCUCAGAGAAGCAUGUAACCAGUUGCAGGCGGUAGACAGGGGUCGUCAUAACCAGGUGCCAUGGAAUAUAGUGCAGCCAUACCUAGAAUCAACCAUCUUGCUCAUCGGAAAGGUUCUGCGACAGCCUGCUCUGCGCGAGAUCCUUCAGCAGGUCAAAGACGCGGCCAAAUGCACACAGAACAUCCAAAACGACGUCACCAUCAUCAAGAACUCCGUUGGACUUAGCGCUGCCCCACUCAAUGCAUCAAACUUUAGCGGAGCAAGACAACGAAGCGCCGUGACCUGGGCACAGGUUGCCGCGCAUGCAAAGGGCUCGCCACCACUCCCUCUGCCCGCAUCUCACAACGCAACCAGCAACAAGAACCAGACCACUGUCACGGCAUACAAGGAUCGAACACUUACCGUUAAACUAAAGAACAAUGGAAUUGUCCAGCGUUACCGGACGCGCCCAGCGUCGUGGACCAAACAACAGGUCGAAACGGCAGUCCGCACCAACUCGGCCACUACAUCAAUCAAGGUCGUCGCAGCACACCAACUCAAAAGCGGUGACAUUCAGAUUAUCGCAAACACGACAGAGGAGGCCAAAAACCUCAAGGAAAACCAAGGGUGGAUAAGAAGCCUGGGCGAAAAUGCAGAACUCAUUGUGCCAACCUACGGAGUAAUAGUCCAUGGCAUCCCAACCAACUCUCUCAACAUCAAGGACCAGGAAACCGCUAUCCAACAGAUGCUAGCAGACAACUACACAGUCAUCCCCAAUGCCAAGAUCUCCUUCGUCGGAUGGCUCACAAAAGAGGCCCCUCUCAAGCGCGCAUCGUCGAUUGUGGUGGAAUUUAUAGAACCAGAGAUGGCGAAUGCCAUCAUCUACGCCGGGAUGGUAUGGGAUGGCCAAAUUCAUCAAUGCCAACUUUAUGACCGCGCCUGCCGAGUGAAACAAUGCUUUCGAUGCUACAACUACGGCCACAUUGGCACUCAAUGCAACGCAUCCCAAAUUUGUGGCUAUUGUGCCGAGCAACAUGAGUCAAAACACUGCCGGCGGAAGGGUGCGGAGGGAUUCGCACCACAAUGCGCAGUUUGCAAAGACGCUCACACUGCAUGGAGCAAUGCCUGCCCAGCAAGAAAGAAAGAACUACAGAGAGUGGAACAAGCCAAGGAAUCCCGCGACAUCUACUGGCACGUGCCACCGAAGGAGACCUCGACGCAUCCCGGAAUCACCAACACAAAUGACACUCCCGCCAACGACACAAACGGUACUGACAACACCAGAGGCACCGGCAGCAACAAGCGUCGUGCCCCAGCCCCGGCCUCGGCCCCGGAUUCUCCCCGUCUCAUCACCCGGCGGUCGGCAAACGCCUCGAUGCCGAUAGUAGUGGAAGCGAACUCACCACCGGAAGUGCAUUCCCAGCAAGCACAAACGGCCACUGCAACCCAAGCAGCACCAGUAACAAUCACGUCACCAACACCACCGAACCCUACCGUGGAAGAGAGUUGGGCAACGCCAGAGCCCCUGCUCGAAUCCGCUGAGCAACCCACGAUCGAUCCACAACUCACAACCACCGAAGAGCCUGCCGCAACCACACCCACGGCGUUCUCAGAAGAAGGAAUUCUCGGUUUCUCUACAAGGGAAGCAGACGACUGGCUGCAACGAAUUGGUUUAGACAACGACUGGUUGGACGAGGCUGAGGAUGAUUCCUCCCCACUCACAUCCGUGGUGACAGACACUCGCACGGCUCAGGGCCAAAUUUAUAAAGGGUGCACCUGCGCUGAGCAUCAAGAGAUUUAUAGCAGCUGGCCUACGCACAGCGCUGAACUGACGAUCGCCCGCUGCAUGAAAACAUGCACGUACUGCGGGAAGGAUUUUGAAGCGACAGCUGAGCUGCGAAAGCACAUGAGAAAGAAAUACGAGCGUAAGGGCAUCUCCAUCGUGGUGGAGAAGCGGAAUCGUUGGGGGGCCACGACACCGGCCUGGACACGCAGACGCCACACGGAGUCGCCCCCACGCCAGCCAGCAACUCGAAUCACCAGAAGCCAGUCCGUCACAGAACAUCGCACGCUACGCAUCUUACAGUACAACGUCAGGAAAUCCAGGGACGUCGUUCUCGCAAGCCUCUUCCAGAACAGGAGGAUCGCAGAGUACGACAUUAUCGCGAUCCAAGAACCCUGGCGCAACCAUUUUAUCAACACAUCAUACCACCCGCUGAAGACGCACUUUCAGCUCAUGUACCUCGACAACCCGGCGACGAGAGUGUGCCUCUACAUGAAUAAACGCAUCAGCCCCAGCACGUGGCAGGUGUCCUAUAUUUCAGCAGACAUCAUAUCUCUCACCAUCCGCAGUCCCAACGAUGACAAACCAAUUCACAUAUGGAAUGUGUACAACGAGGUGGGAACAGCCACGCUGUCAAUCUUGGCAAAUGCCCUUGGCGGACUGGAUCAGGAUCACGAGUCUAUUGUUCUUGGUGACUUUAACUUGCAUCACCCGCUGUGGUCAGCGCGACACCGGCGAGGUGCGGCAAGAUCCAGAGCAGAAGAGCUUUUAACAAUCGUGGAAACCUUCCAGCUUCAGCUCCUCACAGUGCCAGGCACCGUCACCCAUCGAUGGAAAGAUGGAGACUCGACAAUUGAUCUGACGUUUGCGACGGAGGAUUUGGCGUCGCGCACAAUUCACUGUAAGAUUGCCAAACAACUGGACUGUGACUCAGAUCACCUUCCGGUGGAUGUGGCCAUCGACUGGGACUUUCAGCAAGCGACACCGAUAAAGAAACGCCUUUGGACGAAAAUGAACGUGCGGUUACUUCGGGGGAAAGUGAAAGAGCGCCUGCCAGACGAGCGCGAGGUGGGGCCAUUGAACAACCACACCGAGAUCAAUGCCUACGUUGAUACCAUUGUCAAAGCACUUGGGGAUGGCAUCGAUGCAUCAACACCGUGGUCCAAUCCAUCGCCACACUCCAUCCCAGGUUUCGAUGAAGAAUGCAAGGACAUUUGCAAAGAAGUUCAGAGACUUCGUCGGACAUGGCAACGCACAAGACAAGACGACGACUACGAAGCCUACCGACAGGCGCGUAAUCGGAAAGGCCGCCAUAUUCAAAAGACGCUCCGAAACGCGCAUCGUCAGAGAGUGGAAGAGGCGUCAGCCAACCAAUCCGGCCUGUGGAAGCUCGUCAAGUGGGCCAAGAAUCGACACGCUCCCUCAUCAGCCUGCACACCGUCUCUAGUUACUCCAGAUGGUGGGCUGGCCGAGGGGCCAGAAGAAAAGGCAGAGGUGCUCCGCCAGUCAUUCUUCCCACCUCCCUCACAGGCCGACUUGAGCGACAUCCAAGGGUACCAGUACCCUGCACCAAUCGAAUGCCCUGCCAUCACCAUAUCGGAAAUCGAGAAAGCAGUCAAGUCCGCAGCUCCGAACAAGGCCCCAGGCGUCGAUGGGAUCACCAACUGUGUCCUACAGGGAACACUCGACAUUCUCAUGCCUUGCCUUCACAAACUUUUUAAUGCUUGUUUGGAACAGGGCUACUGCCCUGCUCACUUCAAGGAAACAGUCACAGUGGUCCUGCGGAAACCCGGCAAAGAGGACUACUCGCAGCCAAAGUCAUACCGUCCAAUUGCACUUCUCAACACGUUGGGAAAAAUGCUGGACGGUGUGAUCGCAAGCCGACUGGCGUAUUUAGCUGAUACCUUCCAACUACUGCCUCGUCGGCACACUGGAGGAAGAAAGCUUACCUCAACAGAGCACGCAAUGCACAUGCUUCUUCAACGCAUACAUCAGGCCUGGGCUGAAGGCAAAGUCGCCACACUACUGCUGCUGGAUGUGUCGGGCGCCUACGAUAAUGUUUCUCACGAGAGACUCCUGCACAACCUUCGAAAACGCCGGAUUGACCCAAAAAUCAUUCGAUGGGUAGCUUCGUUUCUCAGUGAUCGGUCGACAACACUCAAACUACAGGAGUACACAGCGCCGUCGGUACCAAUUAAGACGGGUAUUCCACAAGGAUCCCGCAUGUCACCAUAUCUCUACUUGUUUUACAAUGCAGAUUUGGUAGAAGAUUGUAAAAACGAAAAUACGGAAGCGGUAGGAUAUAUCGAUGAUGUGUCUAUUCUGGCAGUCGGGCCUUCUUCAGCCCACAACUGCAAGACCCUCAAGGCUAUCCACCACAAAGCCGAAGAAUGGGCUGCAAAGCAUGGCUCGAAAUUUGCACCCGCCAAUGACAAGUUGGGCGAGUGUCAUGAUGGAUACAUGCCUGGCAAACCGGACUGGAAGUUCGUUGGCAUGGCUCACUCGAUGAAGUCGACGGGGUUGAUAGCGUUGACGAUGGCGACAGAGGUGGCCACGAUUUGUCUGGUUGAUGCAGGGCCAUCGGGACCGCAGUAUGAUCGCAGGCGGCACAUGCGCGAACUUGCGAAUAUGAGCUUGGGACUGGAAAAGGAGCACUAG